CCGGUCUUCUCUUAGUUCGUUUUUUUCCCGCGCAGAUUUUCUUCCAAUCGUCCUUUUCAUCUUCUUCUCUCCUCUUUCUACUUUGAACGGAAUAUACGCUUCGACGGUGCUCAUCUUGGAAUCCAUUGCCUGUGUCUUCGCCAUAUACCCUCCAGCCUCUUCUCUUAUACCCACGACGCAUCCGGAUACCAGCAGAUACCAACAUCCACUAGACGAAACUAAACAACAACAGCAAUAGUCAAACCGAAGCAACUGUCCUCCUGGAACCUAGAUUCGCCAAAACAAACAGCCUGCCUCUCUGCCUGGAGUAACCACACGCCUCUCAUCAGCGUCAGGCCCUCUGCGAUGCUGGCAUUUGCGAACCACCACCAAUAGAGACUGCCGCCUACGUACACCUGCAGAAUACAGGCGACCCCCCAUCCACCUAUACAACACCCUCCACGUUCCUACGACUUCACCAGCUGAAUCUGACCGCUCUGACCAAGGCUGAGUUGUCUUACACGCUCAGUGCUGCUCGCCAUGAUGGCGCCCAUCGUCAAGUCUCGGGUCCUUAUCCCGAUGGAGAUCUACGCCGACUUUGUAUGUCCGUGGUGCUUUAUAACAAAACGAGCCCUAGAAAAGGUCAUGGCCAAGUUUACAUCUAAACACCCCGAAGUCGAGUUCGAAGUCACCUGGCGGCCGUACUAUGUAACCGCCAUGUUUACAGGAAAGGUUAACCGCCGCGACUUCGUACUCAAGGCCCUCGGCAGCCAAUCCGAGGCCGACGCACUUAUGGAGCGCAUCCAAGGCGCCGCCGACGAACAAGGCAUGUCGAUUACCUGGAACGGCAACUUUGGCCCGAUGCAAAACGCCCACAAGCUCGUUGCCCUCGCACUGCGGCGCCACGGUGUGGCCGUUCAGGCCCGCGUGGUAGAGCGCCUCUUCCACGACCAGUUUGUCCUCGGCAAGGACAUCUUCGACGACGACUGGCUUGUCACAGUGGGCCGCGAGGCCGCCGGGCUGGACGAGGACGAUGUGCGAUUAGAGCUUGCCGACCAGGACGCCGGCAAGCGCUUAGACCGCGAGGUCGACCAGGCCCGCGAGAUUAAGGGCAUCGAUGCCGUCCCGCACGUUAUUGUCCUCGACCGCUUCAAGGUCGGCGGGUACCAGGAGAAAGAGGUCUACGAAGACUUGUUCAACAAGAUCUUCAUGGAACGCAUAUUAUAACCUAUACCCCAUUUUCUUUUUAUUGUUUUUUCGUUUCUUACUGCUGGUUCUCGCCUGGUCGGACGGGUUAGAGGAAGGUAGACGACUUAUGUUAUACAUCAUCUUGGGCGGAUAGCUUUGUCAUUUUUUUUGGAUUUUGUUUAUUUGGGUGGCUGUUACUCCCGUGUUCGGCAUUAUUAUACGAGUUGGUGGUAUUUUUGUUAUUUUUUGCAACUGUUUCUUCUACUGUGCUGGUUCGUUCUGGCACCAAUACCCUUUUGUUCUUCAUCUUUAACAAUAUACUACUUUUACAAGUACAAAUGUGAUCUGGGCCUAUAAGUGCACAUGUAAUUCCUCACCUUUAGAGAAUACAUAACAAGAAGCCACGGGAGAAUAAUGAAUACACAACGAAAACGUCCUUGUAUUUGGUAUAAAUAUGUAUUGAUCCUGAUAACGCUUCAAACAGACUUCUAUCCGUAUCCUGCAUCCGUUGAUUUUGCCUAGAUAUUCCGAAACGCCGUAAAAAUAAAACCCCGAUGAAAAAAGAAAGAAAAAAACAAUGCUGUUAUGAUGUACAUUCUGCCACGGUUCUGAAGUGGCGUUUCUUCGCCUCUGUCUUGUGCACAAGAACGAUGGGCACGAGGGCGGGUAGUUGUUCUUGUGUAGUAUGGUACUGAUGCCCCUCAACGACGAAGACCACUAAAGUCUUGCAUGAGAUGAGCCAUGUGCACGUUAGUAACCUUGCCGAUGCGCUUGCCAGAGCGCUUCUUCUGCGUCUUGGGUUUACCACCCGCACCAUCCUUGGCUUUGCGCGGGUCGUCACUGGUUGGUUUCUGGCCAACGUUGGUAAGCUUGCGAUGCAUAUCAUCCAGACUAGGAAUCUGCACUCGCUGCCACAUAUUCUGAAACUCUGGCUCGACGCUGUGGAACAGAGAUGGGUCGUCGGCCCAGACAUAGCGCGGGAGGUUGUCCUUCUUAGUGCGCACAACCAAGAUGCGGUGCUCGUUCUCAACUUCGGUCAACGUAUCCUCGCAAUCUGGCCAGCCGUCCUUCAAGUCGCGCACAGCAACGCCUGAUGCGUCCGUCUUACGCUGCAAGUGAGCCAACAGGGUCACGCCAUCGUGCACGCCAGGGAUGAUGGGCCGGUGCUUGUACGUGCCCGUUUGCCACGUCUGCUCCGUCAGAUUGCCAUCUGGUCUCCAUUCCACGCGCGGGUGUCCCCUCAAGCCCUCAGCAAGCUGUUUCUUGUGUUCCUCUGACUGCGAAAGCAGACUCAGGUGGCCAAUGAUGUCGGCCAGCGUCUUGGUGACGCCCUUUUUGCCUUUGAGGUAGUCGACCGCAAAUGUCAUGUUCGUCUUGACCUCCGCGCCGUAUCCUGUCAACUGCGGCUGGGAGAAGGGGAUAUCGGGACCGGCAUCUCGCUUUCGUUUCGCUCCUCGCGGUGUUCCGCCGUCCGAAACCUGUGACAGAGCUGGAGAUCCGGGCGUGAGCGCUGCGGCGGCUUUGGCGAGGGUGGCGCCCUUGAUGGACGAUGGGUUCGAUAAUUUCGAGGCGGCGGACGCCAGCGUCCCCUUGAAUGCCGAAGACUGCUUUUCCAAAUACGACGACAUUGUGUGUGUAUGGGGACGACCUGGGUUGGCAGAUAAUGGGAGAUGGAAACGAAGAGAGGUUGAUGGAGAGGCUGUGGUCUGCGCCUAAAUGCACAAAAGUUGGGGUGGGGCCUGCGACACUGUGUCUAUUGGUUUCCUGGUGGCAGAGCGACUCGACUGUACGUAAAUACAUGAGCCCCAAACUUAACAACACAAAUUGCGAAAGAAGUUUAGGAAGAUAGAUUUGUAAAACCCUAGAUAAUAUUAAUUUCUAGCCUCUAUGGACUGUAUUUAUAGUCGUUUGGGGUUUUGCGGUGUAGGGAACAACUCUCUGAAUCACGCAUGCAAGUAAGCUUCUUCAACGAAAAGUAUUAAAAGUAUAUUGUAUCGGGUACCCAAAGAGGCAUACAAACCGAUGCCUCUUGGCUCAGUCAAACCCAAUAUCUAGUAUGUAUGCAUUAUUUUCUAUUGUCAUGCGCGACGGGCUGCAUCCAGGCCCCCGGAUUGAGUCGUAAGCAUGGCACGGCAUAAGCCGACCCGUCUUUCCAUCGCUUUUUUGGUCCCAUCAACGCCCUCUAUUGCUCCAAAUGUCUUCUAUCCCAUCUUGUAUGUCUGCUUGUAGACCAGUCGCGGUGCAUUUAGAGGCUGGUCUGCUGCGUCUGGAGGUACUGGUAUCCGGCGUAGCCGACAAGACCACCAAUGAGGACGAUGGCGUACAGGCCGAUACCGAGACCGGUAGAGUCGGCGUUGUUGCUAGAGCUAGCAGUGGGGGUGCUGAGCUUGGGCUUGGGGUCGCCCUCCUAAACGAGUAGAGUGUGGUUAGCUAGGCUGUAUGCGACCUCCUGCAAAGGCGAAACUUACUCUGCGCUUCAGGUUGCCAACGAAGAGCUUGUCCAAGGUCUCGCGAGCCUCGUCACUGUGGCCGACAUCCUCGAAAGCCUCGGUGGCGUCCUGGCCACCGACGUCAAGAACGACCUCCUCACCACCGCUAGAAAAAAACAUGUAUGUCAGCAACCAACUCGGCUGAAGUAUGAAAGGGGGGUGGGUGUGGUUGCACAAGCGCAUCCAGGCCGGGACUUACGGGUGCUCGUCGAUGAACUGGGUGCAGUCGUAGACCUUGUCGUGGAUGACAACGUAGACGUCCUUCUUGGUGUUGUGCUCAGCAACGUCCUGGUAGGUGAACUCCUUGAUGGGGGUGGCCAUUGUGUCGGUGUUUUUGUUAGAACUUUCGCUCGGCUAUGGUGUUUUCAACGGGGGGGUGCG